AUGAGUAGUCCGAAGGCUCCAGCUGGACACUUCACGCUCCUCUACUUCGCUUCAUCAAGUUCGUACACAAGAAAAGAGUACGACUUCCUGCCAGCUCCGCUCCCAGUAGUCCAGCUAUUCGACAAGCUGGAAGAAAGGUACCCAGGCAUCAAGGAGAAAGUCCUGUCCAGUAGUGCAUUGACGGUCAAUCUCGACUAUGUCGACUUGGAAGAAGAAGCGAGUAAAAGCGCGAAGGGCAUGAGCAUUGCAGAAGGGGAUGAGGUUGCCAUAAUACCACCUGUCAGCUCAGGAUGA